AGAAAUCUGACGCAGCGAUCCGAACACUGCACCAUGUGCGAUGGCUGAUGCUGAACAGAAUGAUUCCCGAAGAGAUGUCGAAGGCAAUAAUCCGACAUGUGGAGCAACUGGAGCAUGAUGAAGAUUAUUUCCAACUCGACGAGCAAUCGUGGGAUGUUGUCAGAGUUUGCGGACUUCUCAUUCACUUCCUGUGCCGGAGGAGAGACGAGUCAUGUCUAUCUCCUGAUGACAACCUCGCCCAGCUAAACAGGCAGAGUCUUCAGGACAAGACAAGCUGUACAUCAGUGAUAACCUUUGAAGCCGCUGAGAAGAUUCUACAAGGUGUCAAGGAGUUUGCUGACGACCUCAAGAAGCGCGAGAAGCUACGUCGGCAGAUCCUCUUUGACCUCAAAGUCAACUUUGACAAGGAGCGGAACCAGCUUGAGUCGGUAAUCCGCCUCAAGGAGCAGCAGCUCGUGAGCCGCGACGACGUGAAGCAGAGAAAGAAGCUUGACGUUGGGAAGAACAUUGACAAGAUCUACAAGAGCCUCCUGGAGAACUCUGGUCAAAGUCCGCGAUCCAGCCAGGGCGAGCUGGGAAGCCCUCGCCCAGCAACUCGCCCAGCAUCCGACGACAGGAUCUCUCUCAGUCCCCGCGAACUCGAGAGUCUUCUCACUCCCCGUCGGAGGAUUCUAGAGGCUCUUGACAAGGCAGGAGCAAGUCCGGCGCUAGUUACUCAGGUUGUCACUGCCAUGGAUCGAGCUGAGAAGGAGGCUGUCUCAAGAGGUCGCAGCCCUCGUGAAUCUUACCGUACUAGUACGCUCCGGGGCCAGGAGGCUGCCGGGCUCCGACUCACUGAUGAUUCAUAGCGGUACUAUGACUCGUAACCGUAACGCUGGCACUCAGUGUAGGCCGGCAGGCACGUGAAAGUUAACUCAGUUGUUACUUGACUGAAUGAAUUCGGAACUACCGUACC